AUGUACUCGUAUCGUCGCACAGGAAGUGACAGUGUAGGACGAGUUGAACGGGAACCGGCACCGUAUAAGCCGAGCUAUAGGGCACUCCGAGAGACGGUAGACAACUACCACAGCAACUCCAACAACUACAUCAACUCGAUUAUCUCGUGCCAGUUCCUACGAUCCGUUCGCCGCGGGUGCAACAAGAGUUCCUAUGUCGUCGCCGUUCCGUGCCAGUGGCACGGACCGGAAUACGCGUCUAUAUCGCGGCCGAUGCUAACUCGUGGAAUGUCCAGGACUCUUACCGGAACUGAUUCUGCACCCACUCGGAGCUACUCGAACAGGUAUGGAAGCACUGAACAACUCAAUUAUAAAUCGCCAUACAACACUGUAUCAUCGUCGGGCUACAGUAGCGGCACGUUACCUCGAUCGAAUGCGAAUUUUCCACGAGCUGGAAGUGUCGGAAUCACAAUGAGAGAAAGUCCAAUGAGGGAUACUCGUACUUACCGCGACUACACUCCAACCUCUUCUUACACUUCGAACACAGCAUCAAGGUACUAG